AUGGCCAUUGGCGGCAUCUCCAAGGCGCUCCGGCACAGCCUCAAACCGACAAGCCCAGCACUCAUGGCUGCAAAUGGCCCUCAUUAUCAUCUCGCCCUUUCAUAUUAUGGCAGGGCCAUCCACGAAGUCCGAAGGUCGAAAUUGGACACCGGUAGCCUUCGUGGGGCAAUCGUCUGCUGUCUGCUGUUCGUCUGCUUUGAGGUAUUGCAUGGCGAUCGAAAGGCAGCCUUCGCCCACAUCAACAACGGCCAACGCAUGAUGGACGAACUCCUACACAUUCGCGACUAUCACGACCAUGACCACACGCAGAACAUCAUCGGUGCCGAUUUCGUCGAAAGAGAUAUACUCCACGUUUUCCAGCGGCUGAUCCAGCAAUCUUGGUCUUGCGGCGUUCUCCGGCGGCGUGAUCAGCAGAUUGCCGGUAAGCCGAGCGAUGCUGAUGGCGACCCUUCGCCCGAGCAGCUGUGGUGUUGCCGAGGAGGAUCCGCCGAAAAGUGCGUCGUCCACAACAUGCCAUCAAGCUUCGUGAGUCUCCAACAAGCUCGACGCUGGUGGGACGUGGUCCAACACUACGUAACCCAUUCGUCCAGCAUCGUCUUUCGUGUGACCCAUCUGGGCUUGGAUGACGACGUGCUCUCAGAGUGCAACGAACGUAUCCAAAAACAUAUGGACAAGAUCGAACAGGCGAGAGCAGGCAUCAAGACGGCGACUCCCGAGCAGUGGCAGGAUUUCAAAGAUGUCCUCGAACGAUGGCACCAAGGCUUCGAACCACACUGGAAAGCUGCACAAAAGUCAAAAUCCGAAGACGAAAAAUCGUAUGCUCAGGCAGCUCACCUUCGGGCUCACUAUCUGACGAUGUAUGGCUGCGUCCACGCACCGCUCAGCUGUAGCUACGAAAGCAUCGCCAAGCUGACGCCCAAGUACCAAGAAGUGGUCGAACUAGGGCAUCAGCUUUUCGAGUACCAGAAGCGAUCCUGGGGCGAUGGUGAAAUGUUUACGAUGGACACCGGCCCGACGUGGCCCAUCUUCAUGGCCGGUACGCGGUGUCGAGAUCCCGAGGUGCGGUCAGAGGCAAUACGCCUCCUCCAUGAGAAUCCCAGGCGGGACGGUCUGUGGGACAGCCGGAUAUUCUAUGCCAUGACAUUCCGCAAUCGCAUGCUUGAGGUUUCCAACGCCCAGGAAGGCUCCAGCGAAGAGCAGUGGUGGCGGCUCCAGCAUCGGUCGGGAUGUAUAGACGAGCAUGGUAGGUUGAUCGCGCGAGCCAUGGAAAAGAACCCGCAAACAGGGGAAUGGGAGUUUGGAGAGGAGGAUUUGCGUCGGUUCCUGGUUGACUGA